GAGGGGUCAUAAUUGUGACAUAUUACAAAGUUGGUUGUAUUCAGUAAAAGCCAACUCACGAUCUUGAUAAAUUGCAACAGGAAUUUUAUUGACAUCUGAACAUUGGCGCGAAAGAAGCAGCCAAUAUGAGCGACAGCAACACAGGAUCAAGACUGGCUGGCAAAGUCGUCAUCAUCACCGGCGGAGGACAUGGCUUUGGUGAGGGCAUUGCCAAUAAAUUCGCCCAAGAAGGAGCCAAAGUGCUCAUUACCGAUAUCAACGAGAGCGACGGGCAAAGAGUAGCGCAAAGCGUGCCCGAUUCGAUUUCGUUCUACAAAGCAGACGUCACAAGUGCCGAGGACUGGGAGAAGUUGAUGGAUGUUGCACAGUCGCGCUACGGGCGAAUCGAUUGUCUGGUGAACAACGCCGGAACGACUUACAGAAACAAGCCCACAGUUGAGGUGACGGAGAGCGAAUUCGACAGGGUUUUCAACGUCAACGUAAAGGGCAUCUUCCUCGGAACCGCGGCGUUCAUGCCUAGAGUCAUCAAGCAAGGGGAAGGAGGCGUAAUGCUGAACAUCUCCUCGAUCGGAGCUUUGCGUCCCCGGCCAGGUCUUGUGUGGUACAAUGCCUCCAAGGGAGCUGUCUGCAAUGCAACCAAGGGAUUGGCGGCCGAGUAUGGUGCGCAUAAGAUUCGCGUGAAUUCAAUCUGCCCGCUUUUGACUGGCACUGGCCUAUUCGAAUCCUUCAUUGGCAUGAAGGACACGCCGGAAAACCGAGAAAAGUUCAUUGGAAACGUUCCUUUGGGGCGAUUGGGUGAGAUUGAAGAUGUAGUAGAUGCCUCUGUAUUCUUGGCUUCGGACGAGAGCAAGUUUAUCACUGGCUGUUGUUGUUGUUGUUGUUGUAUUUAACGCCGUGGCGGCCGGGCUAGAGCCCUUACCGCAGACCUCCCGAAGGGUAUAUGGCGU